UGAAAUUCUGAGAGAAGGGGACAACUUCAUUAUUGUUUUAGUAACAGAGUUUAUGCUCAGAGUUCACAAAAAACAUGAGAGAGGCUUGUGAAGUGGUGUUUGUUGACACAACAAGCCAUGUCGACCAGUUGAAUACUGCUGUGACUCCACUUCUCUGUGGGGGCCCUUGUGGGGCUCUUCCCUUAGGUGUAAUCUUCACAUCUUCCAAGCUGAACAGAGUUAUACCAAAGGUUUUCAACUGCUCAAGAAGGUCUUAGACAAAAGUGCUUUUUAUAUCAAAGCUAUCCAAACUGCUUCAUAACUGACAACAGCGAGGCAGAGCGGAAUGCACUUCGAACAGUCUGGCCGGACUCUCAGCUUUUCCUUUGUGUGUUCCAUGUCCUCCAGCAGGUCUGGAGGUGGCUUUGCAAUGGGUCACACAACAUCAAAAAGGAACAACGUCCACAACUUAUGCAAGUAGCAAGGGCCCUUUUAUAUGCUGACUCAGCUGAGGUAUUAGAAAAAACAUGGGACACCUUUUGUCAGAGCUCUGAAGCUCAACAGUACCCCCAGUAUAGCAGAGAGCAUCAAAUGAAAGAUAUUCGACUUGUUACAUCACCUGAUCAUCCGUGGAUUCAUGCAGAAGGCUACUUGGCAAACCUCAUGGAAAGAAAGCAGGAUUGGAGUCUGCUGUUUCGAGCUGGAAACAUCAUGCGUGGCCAUCAUACGAACAACUAUGCAGAGUCCAACAUGUGUCUCAUCAAGGAUGUUAUCUUGAACAGGUGCAAAGCAUACAAUACAUGCCAGCUCAUCAUGUUCAUGAAUGAGAUCUACGAUGGUUACAUGAAGCAAUGCCUUCUUGAUGUGGCCUUAUGCCGAAGAAAAAUUAAAAAAUCAAUGAUCACCACCAUCCCCCCAGAACAUGUUACCAGGAUUGAUGAAUUUCAAUUCAUUGUAGUGAGUGACACUAAAAAGGAUGUACAUUAUAAUGUAGAUCUUGCCAUUGGCAUGUGUGAUUGUGUGUCUGCAAGCACCAAAUUGCUUGUGGUGAGACUGCUGUUAUGAAUCUACCUCAAGUGUUGGAUAAUACACCAGAAAUUCGACACUGGUUAGCAGGAGUGGCUAAGAAGGGAACAGAAGAAUUGCUACUAGUUGCAUUUUUUUCAGAUGGAAUUAAAAUAUCCCAAGAAGUACAUGAUGAUUCCAGUAGCAUAUUUGCUACUCCUUCCAUAAAGGUGGAAGCUGUGUCGCUACCUCCUCUAGAAAAUGAGGUGGCCAUUGAGGCUAUGGAUCCACUUGCCAACUCGGUUAAAGAUGAACCACCACCUAGUGGA